AUGGCCACUAACAUGGCCGACCUCACGGUCUACAACAUGCCACCCUCACCCCCGAACUGGGAUCGGGUAGGUGUAUUCUAUAUUUCAUUCUGUGUCACCUGGACCGCACUUCUGAUCGCAGGAAUGAUCUUCUGUGUAAUCAACCACCGCGUCCCGAUCCUGAGAGUCCGCGGCCUACCCCUCAGCUUUUCGGCAAUUAUACUACUCCAUGUAUACUGGAUUCUAGGCCAGAUUACAUACCCCAUUGGCGCAACUAUGCCUACAGUGCUGGCAUACGACGUUCAGUACUUCGGUAUGGGCGUCUACUUCCCACUGGGAAUUGCGCUGUUCCAAGCUUCCAACCUUCGCUUCCUCCAUGUCGCCAGAACCCAGAAACAACAAUUCGCCAGCUCGGAAACUCGAACCAGAGCACACUGUAACGGUGCUGACUCCUCGUGGCUGUGCCGCCUACGGAACAUGGAUUAUAUGAAGAGGACCUUGACUUUCAUUGGAAUUGGAAUGGUCAUCCAGUUCCUCAUCACCCUCGGCAUGUGGUUCGCUUGCGCAAAGUACCACCCCACCUAUGGCAUUCCGGGAACAGAGAUCCCAGAAGGGCUUCUCCUUCCAGAGCAGAUUGUGUUCCUUGGCCGAGGAUGGGAGUGGUGGCCAUCCAUGCUUUGGCAAGUCAUUUGGACAUGGAUUGCUGCGCCCAUCCUUAUUUGGAAGGCUUGGGGAAUCCGUGAUACUAUGGGAUGGCGUACCCAGACAAUCGCGUGCUGUCUUUCCAGUCUCCACGCCACCCCAAUGUUCUUGAUCGCAUCAUAUGUGCCAACUUUCGCCAAAGUCAAUGUUUACUUUACUCCAAGCCAAUGGAUUCACCUUUCCAUCAUGAUGUGGGAGAUCUGCACUGUCUUUAUCCCUAUCUUCGAGGUGUUCAAGCUGUGGUCAGUCGAGAGAAAAGCAAAGAAGUCAAUGGCGAAGUAUGACUCGAACGCAACCAUCAUCGAGACAUCACCUUCUGCGAAGUGGAACAACGAGUCAUCGUCUACUCUUGCCGAAAAGACCCAGUCAGUCGUGUCUUUCGACAGCCAAAGCGACCGUUUGUACACUAUGGAUGCUCUCGAGCAUGUGCUGAGCAAGAACGCGAUCCAGCUACAAGAGUUUGCAGCAGUAAGCGAUUUCUCCGGUGAAAACAUCGCUUUCCUAAGUGAUCUCGGGGCAUGGAAGUCCCGCUGGUCUGAUAUUCCCGAUGCCAAGGCCCGAUCCAAUGCAUUCAACGAGGCAUUAUGGAUCUACGUAGACUUCAUCAGCACACAAGAUGCCGAAUUCCCUCUGAACCUCUCCUCGAAGAGUCUCAAGCAGAUGGAAGCCAUCUUCGAGAAGCCUACUCGCACAUUACUCGGAGAGAAGAAGGUUAACCACACUUCACCAUUCGAAGCUGAUGUCUGUUCCACGCCUCUGCACGAAGCUAUCGCUGACCGCGGCACCUACACGGGCGAGGUACCCGCCGACUUUGACUUGGGGGUCUUCAAUGGUGUUCAAGACCAUAUCAAAUAUCUUGUCUUGACGAACACUUUCCCCAAGUUCUUGGAUUCAAUGCGACGACGCUCAACAGACACGGAGCGUAGUGACUUCUCGGGUGUUUCAGAUUCUUCUAUGACCAGUUGGAUCUCAAAGCAGCGUAUGAAGCUGCAGUCAUUCAUUUAA